AUCAAAAAACCUCUUCUUGUGUCUCGCUCUCUCUCUCUCUCUCUCUCUCUCUCUCUCUCUCUCUCUCCUAAUUAAGCAAAGCCGCCAAAGAAGCACUCAACAAAAGCACUGACCCUAAAUCUCUCUCUGUCUCUCUCAAUUCUCCAAUAGAGAGAAUAAUGGCAUUUUCUCCUUCGAUCUCUCACUCGUCGAGCAUUCUAUCUCCAAACGCAUUGGCUCGUGAUGCGAAGCCCAGGAAGAUCUCUCCUACUCCAUCUCAGUGCUCAGCUGCUUCAUGUCUUCCUCAUUGUCCUCCUGUUUGCAGAGUGGGUUUUGUUUCCCAUCGAGGAAGAAGGGAGUCAUCUGUCCGCAUCUCUGCGUCAAUUACAGACACGCCAGUGGAGAAAUCCAUGGAAAAAGUUAAUCUUCCCAAAGGUGAUAUGUGGUCUGUUCACAAAUUUGGUGGCACUUGUGUGGGAACCUCUGAGAGAAUAAAAAAUGUUGCUGAGAUCAUUGUUAAUGAUGAUUCUGAAAGGAAAUUGGUAGUUGUGUCAGCAAUGUCAAAGGUGACAGAUAUGAUGUACAACCUCAUUUACAAAGCACAAUCACGGGAUGAUUCCUAUGUAUCUGCACUAGACGAUGUUUUGGAAAAGCACCGAUUGGCUGCUCUUGAUCUACUUGACGGAAAUGAUCUUGCUAGUUUCUUGUCCCGGUUGCAUCAUGAUAUUAAUAACCUCAAAGCUAUGCUUCGUGCAAUAUAUAUAGCUGGUCAUGCAACCGAAUCUUUUACAGAUUUUGUUGUAGGACAUGGAGAGUUGUGGUCUGCUCAGAUGUUAGCAUCUGUUGUUAGGAAGAGUGGCCUGAACUGUCAAUGGAUGGACACAAGGGAUGUGCUUAUUGUAAACCCUACUAGCUCUAAUCAAGUUGAUCCUGAUUUCUUAGAGUCUGAAAGGAGACUUGAAAAGUGGUUCUCCCAAAAUCCAUCUAGGAUAAUUAUAGCUACUGGUUUCAUAGCCAGUACACCCCAGAACAUUCCAACAACUUUGAAGAGGGAUGGAAGUGACUUCUCUGCUGCUAUAAUGGGUGCUUUAUUAAGGGCUCGUCAAGUCACUAUUUGGACUGAUGUUGAUGGGGUUUAUAGUGCAGAUCCACGAAAAGUUGGGGAGGCUGUUAUACUAAGAACAUUGUCCUAUCAAGAAGCGUGGGAAAUGUCGUACUUUGGGGCAAAUGUUUUACACCCCAGAACCAUCAUUCCUGUGAUGAGAUAUGACAUUCCAAUUGUGAUAAGAAAUAUAUUCAAUCUCUCUGCGCCCGGAACAAUGAUAUGUCAACCUGGUGUUGCUGAAGAUGAAGAUGGUCAGAAACUGGAUUCUCCUGUAAAAGGAUUUGCAACAAUUGACAAUUUGGCUCUUGUAAAUGUUGAGGGAACUGGAAUGGCUGGUGUUCCUGGCACUGCAAGUGCUAUUUUUGGUACUGUGAAAGAUGUUGGAGCUAAUGUCAUUAUGAUAUCCCAGGCUAGUAGUGAGCAUUCUGUGUGCUUUGCUGUACCUGAGAAGGAAGUGAAUGCUGUUGCUGAGGCUUUACAGUCUAGAUUUCGUCAAGCUUUAGAUGCUGGACGUCUUUCCAAGGUGACACUUUCUUCUCUUAUUCUUAUUUCUUUUCUCAUUAUAAUGCAGGCUAAUAUUAAUGUCCGUGCCAUAGCUCAAGGUUGCUCUGAAUAUAAUAUAACUGUAGUUGUCAAGCGUGAAGAUUGUAUACGGGCUUUAAGAGCAGUUCAUUCGAGGUUUUAUCUCUCAAGAACAACAAUAGCAAUGGGAAUUAUUGGACCUGGUUUGAUUGGUGCAACCUUACUUGACCAGCUCAGAGAUCAGGCUGCUGUCCUCAAGGAAGAAUUUAACAUUGAUCUACGUGUUAUGGGGAUCACAGGAUCAAGGAGAAUGCUCUUAAAUGAUGCGGGAAUUGACUUGUCAAGGUGGAGAGAGCUUCUGAAAGAGAAAGGAGAAGUAGCUAAUCUGGAGAAAUUCACUCAAUAUGUGCAUGGAAAUCACUUCAUACCAAACACUGUUUUGGUUGAUUGUACAGCAGAUUCUAAUAUUGCAAGCUGUUACCACGAUUGGUUGCGAAAAGGAAUUCACGUUAUCACUCCAAACAAAAAGGCAAAUUCAGGACCACUAGAUCAGUACCUGAAGUUGAGAGCUCUUCAAAGGAAAUCCUACACACAUUACUUCUAUGAAGCAACAGUAGGAGCUGGCCUUCCAAUUAUUAGCACCUUAAGAGGUCUACUUGAAACCGGGGACAAAAUAUUGAAGAUUGAGGGUAUUUUCAGUGGAACUUUGAGUUAUCUCUUUAACAACUUCACAGGCACUCGAAAUUUCAGUGAAGUUGUGGCAGAAGCAAAACAAGCCGGGUAUACUGAGCCAGAUCCAAGAGAUGACCUCUCUGGAACAGAUGUUGCCCGAAAGGUGAUAAUUCUCGCCAGAGAAUCUGGUUUAAAAUUGGAACUUUCUGAUCUCCCUGUUCGAAGUCUUGUGCCAGAACCACUAAGGGCUUGUGCAUCUGCUGAUGAAUUUAUGCAAAAAUUACCCCAAUUUGACAAAGACUUGGCAAAGGAAAGACAAGAAGCUGAAGAAGCAGGAGAAGUCUUGAGAUAUGUUGGAGUAGUGGAUGCUGUUAAUGGAAGGGGGAAUGUGGAGUUGCGAAGAUACAGCAAAAACCAUCCAUUUGCACAGCUCUCAGGUUCUGACAACAUCAUAGCCUUCACAACUACAAGGUACAAGGCGCAACCUCUCAUAGUCCGCGGACCUGGUGCUGGGGCACAAGUCACUGCUGGGGGAAUAUUCAGUGACAUAUUGCGGCUGGCCUCCUAUCUUGGUGCCCCAUCAUAGUGGUAGUUACUUCCUCCAUUUAGGAUUCAGUUCUACUGCCCUCCUUAGGUCUUAUCUACUAGUUGAGAGAUUUUUUCGUGAAGUUUGGUCCGUAUUGAUAUAUUUCCAACUGGAAUAACAUGAAAUUAAUCUUGUAGCUUCAGGAAAAUGUAUCAUUCUCUUGAAAAAGCACACGGGACUCCAACAGUCGUAUAGAUUGGAUGGGUUAUGGUAAUUUAAAGCUUUUUUUUUAUUACUA